AAAAGAGGGAGGAGGCGAUUCGAUACGGAGCACCACACACACCAGACGCUGAAUUCAAAGCAGUCAGGACCACAGAGCUGCCACCUUGCUCUCUCUUACACACACACACACACACAUCGCGGAGGUGUGAAAGAUACAUCAGGACACACAAGAUAUAAACACUGUGGUGGACCAACAUAAUCAAGAUCACAACUAGACUAAAUGCAACAUUUUCUUAAGCUUCAAGAGGAACAGAUAUCUGAGUGAAUCAUGGAUUUUGUAAUGAAGCAAGCAUUUGGUGGAGCCACCAAAGACAUGGGGAAGAUGUUAGGUGGAGAAGAGGAGAAGGACCCAGAUGCCCAAAAAAAGGAGGAAGAGAGGCAGGAGGCACUGAAACAACAAGAGGAGGAGCGGAAGGCCAAACAUGCCCGCAUGGAGGUGGAGAGGGAAAAGGUUAGACAGGCAAUUCGAGAUAAGUAUGGACUAAAGAAGAAAGAAGAGAAAGAAGCAGAGGAGAAAGCGGCUAUGGAGCAAGCGUGUGAGGGCUCCCUUACCCGCCCCAAAAAGGCCAUUCCAGCCGGCUGCGGUGCAGACGAUGACGAAGACGAGGAGAGCAUUCUAGACACCGUUCUCAAAUUCCUACCUGGACCUCUGCAAGACAUGUUUAAAAAGUAACAGACACAAAGCUGUUUCUGAAGGAAGAUGGGUGAGGGGGGGAUUUUUGCCAAACAGGUGAAAGGCUUUUCACUGCCUUGACGUAAGUUGACGGAAUUUUAUUUUUACCUUUCUACGGAUAGAAACGCAAAUCAUAACCCAAAAAAACGUUUGGUCUUUUCACUGCCAUUCAGGUUCAAAUUGUUUACACUUUCUAUAGAUCUUUCUAUUUGUUUACUAAAGCAUCACCAGGGUCUCUGAUACUUUGUAAGUUAUCUGCCUUAGGUACUCAACGAUAAGCCCCACACUAUUACAACACAUUCCAAGAUGUUUAUACUGAGCUUUGGCACUGUGAAUAUGACGGUUCUUUUGAUUAAGUAAUAUAUUUCUUUAUUUAUCUAUCUUUUUUUUUUUUCCAGUCUGUAUACUCUCUGAUGAGAAAUCUGAUGAGUUGUUUAGUGGCAUUUAAUAAAAAAAACAGCUUGAUAAAAGUUUUUUAAUGUAUCAGUGAAGUGCAGUAUGCAGCCGUAAUGCUUUUUAAUGUGUGCAUCAGGUCAAGAUUCUACUACAUGUGGAAAUAAGUGGGUUUUAUUUUGCUGAAAGCAAUGAGAUGAGAGACGCUGAUAUACUGUCUUAGUUGUGCCAUUUUAGACCACUUGAAUGCUCAAAUGGUUUGCAGCCUAGCAGUUCUCAUGUAUCUGUUGAUGUAAUGUUGUUUAGCUUUAUCUUUUAACAAACUGGACCAAAUCACUUUUACAGUUAAGGGUCAUUCAGGAUGAUUCAGGGUCUCAAAGACAAGAAAUUACAAGAAUCUAGAGAAAUUUAUUUUCAGAAGUCAAUCACUGAUUCACAGAUGAUCUGAUGUUUGAUUACUCACAAAUGACAUUCAGAAUCAAGCAUUGUAAAUCUUGGAUAUAAUAAAUAAUAAUACA